CUGUGAGCACCGACCAAUCAUGACAUGGAUGGAAGAGCUCAAGUUGUCACAUACCAACAAUGUGAUGGGUAGAUACUAUGCAAUAAAAGUGUAGACACGUGCAUUUUGGGGGAAAAAAAAGUUAUCGGAUGACAGAAGUAGCUACACAAUGGAGAGGAAGAAACACACGGAACAUUACAGCUACUUUGCAACCAGAAACUACAACACCUAUGGAGACAGAACCUGUUAUUUAUAUUGCUGAAUGAGAAAGUAGGGGCUAAGAUACAAUGAGAAUAAAUGGAAGUCAUCUGAACAAUUCUUCGCUGGGCACAAAUGAGCUAAAUCUGAGUCGUCCGCCGUGGGUUGCUACGACUUUGGGAAGCUUUCUGAUAUUUACAAUUGUGGUUGACAUCUUGGGCAACCUUUUGGUUAUUUUUUCCGUUUAUAGAAACAAAAAACUCAGGAAUGCAGGGAACGUGUUUGUUGUGAGUCUCGCUGUGGCGGACCUCGUGGUGGCCAUUUAUCCAUAUCCCCUGGUUCUCACGUCCAUCUUUCACAACGGGUGGAGCCUGGGGAAUGCGCACUGCCAGGUCAGCGGCUUCCUCAUGGGGCUCAGCGUCAUCGGGUCGAUAUUCAACAUCACCGGCAUCGCCAUCAACCGCUACUGCUACAUCUGCCACAGCCUCAAGUACGACAAGCUGUACAGUGACAAGAACUCUCUGUGCUACGUGGUCCUGAUCUGGGUGCUGACCGUGGUGGCCAUCGUGCCCAACCUGUUCGUGGGGUCGCUGCGGUACGACCCCCGCGUGUACUCCUGCACCUUCGCGCAGUCCGCCAGCUCGGCCUACACCAUCGCCGUGGUCUUCUUCCACUUCAUCCUGCCCAUCCUCAUCGUCACCUACUGCUACCUGCGGAUCUGGAUCCUGGUCAUCCAGGUGAGGCGGAGGGUGAAGCCGGACGUGCGGCCCAAGCUAACGCCGCACGACGUGCGAAACUUCGUCACCAUGUUCGUGGUGUUCGUCCUCUUCGCCGUGUGCUGGGGGCCCCUCAAUUUCAUUGGCCUGGCCGUGGCCGUCAAUCCAGGUAUGGUCACGCCCCUCAUACCCGAGUGGCUCUUCGUCUCGAGCUACUUCAUGGCCUAUUUCAACAGCUGCCUGAACGCCAUCGUCUACGGGCUCCUCAACCAGAACUUCAGGAGAGAGUACAAGAGAAUAAUCGUCUCCCUUUGCACCGCCCGGCUCUUUUCCACCGACAGCUCCAACGAAGCGGUGGAACGGAUCAAAAGCAAGCCGUCGCCGCUAAUGACAAAUAACAACCGGGUCAAAGUUGACUCCGUGUGAGUGCACGGUUACAGGCAUUCCCAACAUUCAGAGAGACAGAAAAAAAACAUACCAAAUAUUAUUAUUAUAAACAGCUUCCAGUUUUAGGACCAUCUGGGGAUUCCAAUACACAAUGACACCAACAGGACAGAUGUGCUGUACUACAAAUUCAGUUUAUUUCCAAAGUGCAUUACUGUUAUGACCCGUUUCUCAUCUGCAUCUGCAGUACCAGGAUGGUGUCAAUAUGUUUAUUUUAAGCAAAUGAAAAUGAGUUCGUGUAAACCCUGAUUGUCAGUUUAGCGAGGAAAUGGCACUAAGUUUACAAAUAUAAAAUCCAGCACACUCUAACCUUAAAUGAUGAAACAGAAACAGAUAUGUUUGUUUGUUGCAGAGGUUGAUUAUUUAAAUGUUAUUUUGAAAUUUGAAUCCUUCCCAGAAAUUUUUUUGUUGUUGCCUGUUUUACCUUGCUUAAUACCCAUUCCUGUCCUUAAUAAUUUGUUUUGUU